AUGAACUUGACACGCGAUCCAUUCAACCUCCGAAGCAAAGCAACGUUCAAGACACCCUCCGCCUUCGCCGUCCUCCAGAACGCCGCCAACAAGAAAGCCUCACAAGCCGUCGAAUCGACCAAGCAGGCGGUCGAGGCCACGAAACAGGCGAUUCAGGACUCAGACAUGUCCUUCGCCAUCCCGCGCAACGUACCCAACUUCGAGAGCGCGCAACGCAAGUUUGAAGAUAAUGUUUGGAACAAACUACCGGGAAACGAGAAGGGCUUGCCAAUGUAUAAGGACAAGCCUUCAGGAAAGGUAUACGGAUAUGGCGGCGGCGGCGGCGCGAGGGGGAGGAGAGGCUUUCUGAAGAGUAAGAGGGGCAUGUCAUUGAUAGCACUGGUCGUGCUCGGGCUUUUCUACUGGUUUGGAUGGUCAAGUGGAGGGACAAGUGUGGAUGUAGUGCAAGAUGAGAAGGACAAGGGGAAGAGCUUACUGUCAAACAUGGGCGGAAGCGCUGCCGGAAAGAAGAGCAAAGUUGACUGGGAGAAGCGGAGACAAGCAGUAAAGGAUGCCUUUUUAUUGAGCUGGAACGCAUAUGAGGAGCACGGCUGGGGCUACGACGAGUACCAUCCCGUUUCGAAGAAGGGUCGAUACAUGGCAGAGCCCAACGGCCUGGGCUGGAUUAUCGUGGACGCCCUCGAUACGCUCAUGAUCAUGAACCUGACAAAGGAAGUCAACCACGCGCGUCAAUGGAUUGCAACAAGCCUCGAUUACGACAAGAAGCAAGAUGUCAAUACCUUCGAAACGACUAUACGCAUGCUUGGUGGUCUGCUGUCUGCGCACUACUUGCAAGAGACACUUCCGGGCCUGAAGCCCGAGAAUCAGAACGAAGAGGACCUGUUCUUGGAAAAAGCAACCGAUUUGGCAGACCGUCUCAUGGGCGCGUACGAGUCACCUUCGGGUGUUCCGUGGGCCAGUGUCAUUCUUAGAGAUGCCAAAGGCGAAGCCUCGCACGCCGACGGUGGUGCGUCUUCUACAGCUGAAGCAACUACUCUGCAACUUGAGAUGAAAUACUUGGCCUUCAUUACCGGUGAGAAACAUUACUGGGAUGUAGCUGAAAAGGUGAUGCAAGUCGUUGACAACAACGGUGCUAAAGACGGUCUUCUACCUAUCUUCAUCUACGCAGACAGGGGAACCUUCCGCGGCAACGAGAUCCGAUGGGGCAGUCGUGGUGACAGUUACUACGAGUACCUUAUCAAGCAGUACCUCCAGACCCAGAAGCAAGAACCAAUCUAUCAAGAGAUGUGGAAUGAGUCGCUCAACGGCGCAAAGAAGCAUCUUCUCACCUAUACGAAAAACAGCCACUUUACUGUGUUAGGAGAGCGACCAAACGGAAUUGAAGGGAAAUUGCACCCCAAGAUGGAUCACCUAGUCUGUUUCCUGCCUGGUACCAUCGCCCUAGCAGCAACCGGUGGCAUUCCUCUCGCUGAUGCGCGCAAGCUACCCACCUGGGGCAAAGCACAAGAGGAAGACAUCACCCUCGCUCGCGAGCUCACAAAGACUUGUAUGGGCAUGUACAAAGUAACCGCCACAGGUCUCGCGCCUGAGAUUGCGUAUUUCGAGCUGGACGACCCACCAAAGAUGUACCGCACCGAGAUCUUAGCAUCCAAGUCUGAGCUCGACACCAGUAUCCCCGACGGUGAAGGCUGGAAGGGCGAUUUUGACCUCAAGCCAGCUGAUACACACAACCUCCAGCGACCAGAGACGGUGGAAUCUCUGCUAUACAUGUGGCGUAUAACCGGCGACGACAUCUACCGCGAAUGGGGUUGGGACAUGUUCGAAGCUUUUGUCAAACACACUAUCGUAGAGGACAAUGGUGGUUUCUCUAGUAUUGGCGAUGUCACAAAGAUACCUCCUCCAUCGCGAGACAAUAUGGAGAGUUUCUGGCUUGCUGAGACACUGAAGUACAUGUACCUUCUCUUUUCCCCCAACGAUCUCCUUCCUCUCGAUCAAAUCGUCCUGAAUACUGAGGCUCAUCCUUUCCCUCGCUUCGAUGCAAGCCACAAGCGAUUCAAGACGGGUUGGGAACGUAUACCGCGGGAUGAUCAGGGCAACCUCGUGCCCAAAGAGACCAAGCCCAAAGAGACCAAGCCUGACGAGAAGACAAUUUAG